AUGGAUGGCUUUGGAGUCCUACUUCGAAGGAACCAGUUCACCUUCCUUGUCCUCUUUCUUUUGCACAUUCAAAGUCUGGGCCUGGAUAUUGACAGUCGUCCUACCACUGACAUCUGCGCCACACACACAAUUUCACCAGGACCCAAAGGUGAUAAUGGUGACAAAGGAGAUCCAGGAGAGGCAGGAAAGCACGGCAAGGUGGGACACACGGGACCGAAAGGAAUUAAAGGUGAAAUGGGUGACAUAGGAGACCAGGGCAAUAUUGGCAAGACGGGACCAAUUGGCAUCAAGGGUGAGAAAGGAGUAAAGGGUAUGCCUGGGAUUCCUGGAGGAAAAGGCAAAGCAGGUACUAUCUGUGAUUGUGGAAGAUACCGAAAAGUGGUUGGACAACUAGACCUCAGUGUUGCUAGACUGAAGACAUCCAUGAAAUUUGUCAAGAAUGUCAUAGCAGGGAUUAGGGAGACCGAGGAGAAAUUCUACUACAUCGUGCAGGAAGAGAAGAGCUACAGAGAGUCUCUGAUGCACUGCCGGAUCCGGGGAGGAAUGCUCGCCAUGCCAAAGGAUGAAGCUGUCAACACUCUCAUCGCAGACUAUGUGGCCCAAAGCGGCUUCUUCAGGGUGUUCAUCGGGGUCAAUGACCUGGAGAGGGAGGGGCAGUACGUUUUCACGGACAACACUCCCCUUCAGAACUACAGCAACUGGCAGGAGGGGGAGCCCAGUGACCCCUACGGCCACGAGGACUGUGUAGAGAUGCUGAGCUCGGGCCGGUGGAACGACACCGAGUGUCACCUCACCAGGUACUUCGUCUGUGAGUUUGUCAAGAAGAAAAAGUGA